AUGUCGCCCGGCCAGCCCCGCCGCCGUGGCCCGGUGAGCCCGAGGCGGGCCCGCCCGACCCAUCGCCGCCCGCGCCUCCCGCGGCUCGGCCCCGCCACCCGCUCCCGCGAGCACCGCCUCCGCCGACCGCCCCGCGCCGCCCGCGCCUUCGCUGUCGCACCGCCACCGUCGCCGCCUCACCGCGCCCGCGCCACGUGCCUGCUCCAUCGCCGCCUUCGCACGCCGUCUCUGCCGGCUCCGGCCGUCGACCCAAGCCUCCCUCGUCGGCAUCCUUCCUCCGGCCUCCUCCACGCCCAACUCUGGCAAGUGCUGAGGAUACCAGUGCAGGUUGGUUUUAUCAUUGGAAAAGCUGGAGAAACUGUAAAGUAUCUCCAAGCUCAGUCAGGGGCAAAGAUCCAAGUAACAGGGGACAUGGAUGUUCAACCCGGCUCACAGACAAGAUCAGUCGAUCUUUCGGGCACUCCUGACCAGAUAAACAGAGCUGAGGAGUUGAUAAUUGGUGUUCUUGCAGAGGCUGAUGCUAGAUCAUCUGGCACUAUCUCUAAUCGGAAGUACAACGCAGCUCAACCUGGUGCUGAGCAAUUCCAAAUGCAAAUUUCUAACAAUAAGGUCAUUCCUUUGCAUUUGCCUCCUGGUGAUACUUCAACUGAAAGAACAUUGUAUAUUGAUGGUACUGCACAGCAAAUUGAAAUAGCAAAGUAG